UACCCCAAAUCCAACUUUAUAACACAACGACAUAUAUUUCAAUAAUAGUUAUAUCAAUAGCUUUAUUUAUGCAGAUUUAUCUUUAAAGGUACUGCCAUCGCGCGCUUUUUAAAUAUAGAGAUAUCUUUUCUCUUUAAUGCGCUAGUACUUUGGAGAACACACUCAAGAGAGCUCCCCCCAUCUAACGAAGAGCCAUCAUCAGUUUCGCGCGACAGCUCCUGCCAAUCCAAAUCAACCUGGACAAGGUAGGUUUGGAAAGAACGAACUUCAGCAAGCCGGCAUGAUGAACGGUCGUCAUCUGCCGGCAGGGCAAGGUAUGCAACAAGACCUGGGAAGACGGAGACCUUAUAGUCAUCAAGCUCAACCAUAUCCACCGGCGGCACCUCUGUACAAUGGGUACAUGCACCCGUACAACGCGAAUUAUUACCAUCCACAACCAUUGCCUCCUCAAUAUUAUAAUAAUGGCUUGAAUCAACAGUAUAACCCAUACCAACACUACGGUCGUUCGCCUCCGCCAAUGAUGACGCAUUAUACUCACCCACCACCACCUCCGCUUCAACCCCAAGCACCACCUUUCGUUCGACCUCAGCCAUCUCCUGCUAUUGCUGCCUCUCACCCGCCAGUAAUUGCGUCGUCUUAUCAGCCAGCUCCUGCGCCUCCACUACCUCAAACUCCCUCGAGCUUCUCAACACAAUCGUCCACCACCCUUUCUGCAGGACCUCUUACGCCGCCAACUCCACAAAUACAACCUCUUGCUCAGUCUCCACCUCCAGCUCCCAAACACUACAUACCUUUUCAGGCACCUCUGCCAUGGAUAUCCCCCAACACCACUGCACCCUGGCCGACCAGGCGGCGUCGGAAAAGGAAGCAGAGUCCAGAGUUGUCUAUGAAUCCCGUGGAGCUUCCAGGUCUAGACAAGGAAAUUGAUCCUGCGUCGAAGAAGAGCGCGGAGACGUCAGAAUCAUCGUCAGAACAAAAGCCGAGCACCGAAGAAGCUGCAGAGUCUACACCUGAAACACCCACUACUACCCAAGGUCCAUCAGAAGACACUGAAUCUACAGUGCCAACUACUCCAUCUUCUACAAAAGCUUCGUCUCUACCUGCAGGCGGAGAAGUGACUCCUGUGGCUACAAAAUCCCAGCGAGCUACUGUCCCUGCUAUCCCUGCUGUUCCUGCCAUACGUGCCAUUUCAAAAUCUCUACCCAAAAGUACCCCAUCGACGAAUUCUCAAACUACCAAUGGCGAAGUUGCAGCUGAGGGAGAACUGACCAAGUCCGAAGCAACGAAUGAGAAUGAAGCCAAUGGCCCUACUACUGAAGAAAUUAAGGCAACACCUCCCCCUCCUAAAGCAUGGGCUACACCAAGAGCUUGGACUGGCCUUUUUGGUUCAGCUGGUGCUCCUACGGCCCCUACCACUGUCAAUGGUGGACAGAAUGGAUCCGCCGAAUUCGGCAAGAAUAAUUCGGAAUCAUUAGCUGAAGCAUUGCGUUCAUUUAAGGCCGAAGCCAAGGACCCCAAAAUAUCAUUUCUUGAGCCUCGAGGUCUAGUGAACACUGGUAACAUGUGCUAUAUGAACUCGGUUUUACAAGUUCUCGUUUUCUGUACCCCUUUCUAUGAUUUUCUUGACCAAGUUAGCAAGAAAGCAGCGCAUAGCUUUAAGAGUCAAACACCUUUAAUUGAUGCCAUGAUUAUGUUUAUGCGGGAGUUUUCAGUUAUUGAUUCUGCAAAAUCAAUUGAGCAACUCAAAAUGAGACUCAAGGACGGAGAACUUGAGCAAUACGGAGAUUCUUUCACGCCAGAUUUUGUCUAUGAUGUUAUGCGACGCUUACCGAGAUUUGUCACAAUGCAGAGAGGACAUCAACAAGAUGCGGAAGAAUUCCUUGGCUUUUUACUUGAAGGGCUUCAUGAUGAAUGUGUACAUGUCAUGAAGUCAAGUGACUCGAGCAAAAAUUCGGCUGUCACCACACCCAUGAACGUACCUUCAUCUCCUACCAGCGAUACUGCGAGUCGACGCGGGUCUGUUGAUGAUGUAUGGCAACAAGUUGGACCCAAACAAAAAGCUGCCAUUACAAGAUCUUCUGGAACUAAUACUGGCUCUCCAGUCACGAAAAUCUUUGGUGGUAGCUUGAGGUCCGAAUUGCGUGUACCAGGCUUGAAAGACUCCAUUACUCUUGAGCCAUAUCAGCCAUUACAGCUUGAUAUCGGUUCUCCGGAUAUUCAUAACAUCGUUGAUGCCUUGAAAGGUCUCACACAUUCAGAGGUUCUUCAUGGUGAUUUCAAGUCCCCAAAGGGUCCCAACGUAACCGCGACAAAGCAAGUGUUCAUUGAGACAGUACCACCUGUCCUCAUCUUACACUUGAAGCGAUUCCAAUACGACAACACCGGCGGUACACAAAAGAUUUGGAAGAAGGUUGGAUAUCCUUUGGAACUCGAAUUACCAAAGGAAGUCUUCCCAAGAACUAAGCGUACUGUUUUUGCUCAUGAUGGAUAUCCAAAGUAUCGUCUCAUCGGCGUUGUCUAUCACCACGGUAAAAAUGCCAGCGGUGGACACUAUACUGUAGACGUUAGAAGACAAGAUGGAAAGGAGUGGAUCAGACUCGAUGACACUGUCAUCAAGCGUGUAAGAAGUGAAGAUGUAGCUGAAGGAGGAAGCGAAGAAGAUCCAAAGGUUUUGGCUGCUGCUUUAGAGGCUCAUAAGAAGGAUAGUUCAUCGUCGGGAAACAUUUUUGCUUCAAUUGGAGAAGAAAAUGGAGGGACUGAAGAGGAUGGAUGGAAACAAGCCAGUGGAUCUGGAAAGAAAUGGUCAAGCGUAUUGAAUGGCGCUUCCACACCAAAGUCCAAACCUGCCACUGGAUACGGGGCUAGUAAAUCCUCACUCAUGGAUAACAAGGUCGCGUAUCUUUUGUUCUAUCAGAAAGUAUGAGGGUCUUAUUGGUGUAAUGAUAGGGUUGGGUACGGUUGAUAGGAGAAUGAAGAGGACGGCGAUGAUUGAUGAAGGAAGCCGGACAGGUCAUUGAGUGGGAUGUCAUGAUUGAUUCUCAAAAUGAUGAAUAUUACGAGAAAAUGAGAUGAAAUGACGAGAAGAGAGAUGAUUCGUGCUGAAUGUGCGGUCCUUUUCGAAAGUCAGGUAUCCAUAUUUCGCAAAUCAGCAACGAAACUUUGGAUGGGCGGUUGACCUAGUCUUAUAUUAGGGUUAACAAAAGAUGCAUUGCAACUUUCUUGUACAUUACUUAUUCGGAUAACUUCCGAAUUUUGGCAUCAUUUCUAUGGCAUGAGCGGUUGGCGCAUGUUUAGGGAGGGAAUUGGCGCGCAAAAUACAGUAUAUGUUAUGAGGAAGUUCUAUGUAUAAUAUUUAAUGGCUAUUCACAACCGACCAUAGCAAUCAAAAACUAGCGAUGAACAACUAGUCACAUGAUG